AUGGCACAUUACAAGGCACGAUAUGGUCUUAAGUGUCGCACUCCCUUAUGUUGGACUAAGUUGGGUGAACGACGGGUUUUAGGUCCAAAGUUAGUCUCUGAGACUGAUAAGAAGGAUCAACUAAUUAGGGAUUGUCUGAAAGUAGCUUCUAACAGAGAAAAGUCUUAUGCCGAUCUCAAGAACUUUGUGUUUCUGAAGGUCUCGCCAUGGAAGAACGUUUUGAGGUUCGGUCACAAGGGCAAGUUGAGCCUUAGGUUUAUUGGGCCGUACCGUAUACUGAAGCGACUGGGACCAGUUGCAUAUCGGUUGGAACUACCUUCAGAGUUGGAUUGCAUUCAUGAUGUUUUUCAUGUUUUAAUGUUGAGACGCUUCUGCUCUGAUCCCACGCAUAUUGUUUCAGUAAAGGACAUUGAGGUUAGACCAGAUCUGACGUUUGAGGAGGAGCCGGUCCAGAUUCUGGAUCGUGACAUUAAAGUUCUGCAAAGAAAGUCUAUCCCCUUAGUGAAAGUGCUGUGGUGGAAUCAUAGCACUGAGGAAGCCACUUGGGAGCCGGAGGACUCGAUGCAUCAGUAG